AUGGCCGCCGUAAUAAAUCUCUUGUGCAUUGUUGAUGGGGAGUCAACGGCGUUUCCAGUGGAUAUCCUCCCGGGGAAGUCCAUCUGCAUUCUAAAGAGGAGAAUUAAGGAUGAGAAGCAUCCAGAGUUUGCGGACAUCUCAUCUAGAAGGCUUGUGCUCUGGCAUGUUUCCCUUCCUGAGGAUGGUAAUCAAGUCAAUCUUGACGAUAUACAUAUGAAGAGAGAAAUCUCCAAGGAAACAAGACACGUCUCAGAUAUAUUUGGCGCAAAAGCACCAGGAGGAGGCACUAUCCAUAUCAUUGUCAAGCGGCCCCAAGAUAAGGUUCUAUUGUAA